UCCCCACCCCGGGGCGUUCUCUCCGCGGCACUCCGCCGUGGCGGGGCCGUGCCCGGUUGGGGCCGCAGCCGCCGCGGGCCCGUCCCGCGCCGCGUGGCUCCGGUGGUUCCGCGGGACGAUGUUCGACUGCGUGGAGGCGCUGCCGGUCCCGCGGCGGCUGCACGACGUGACCAACCGCGGGGCCUGCACGCCGCGCAAAGCGGGCUGCGCGCCGGGCUGCGCGCCGCGCUACGGGCCGCGCUGCGGGGCUCUGCCGUGCGCCUGGACCGGAACCGUCACGCACGGUGCUGAGACUCAGAGCACCAGCUCCGAGGAGAUCGUGCCCAGCCCCCCCUCCCCACCACCACUGCCACGGAUCUACAAACCCUGCUUCGUCUGCCAGGACAAAUCCUCGGGGUACCACUAUGGUGUCAGCGCCUGCGAGGGCUGCAAGGGCUUCUUCCGCCGCAGCAUCCAGAAGAACAUGGUGUACACGUGUCACCGAGACAAGAACUGCCUGAUCAACAAGGUGACGCGCAACCGCUGCCAGUACUGCCGCCUGCAGAAGUGCUUCGACGUCGGCAUGUCCAAGGAAGCCGUGCGCAAUGACCGCAAUAAGAAGAAGAAGGAGGUAAAGGAGGAGGCAGCUGAUGGCCCCGAGCUGAGCCCGGCGCUGGAGGAGCUGAUCCAGAAGGUCAGCAGGGCGCACCAGGAGACAUUCCCAUCUCUAUGUCAGCUGGGCAAAUACACCAUGAGCUCGAGCGCUCAGCACCGCGUGCAGUUGGACCCGGGGCUGUGGGACAAGUUCAGUGAAUUGGCCACCAAAUGCAUCAUCAAGAUCGUGGAGUUCGCCAAGCGCCUGCCCGGCUUCACCGCACUCAGCAUCGCAGACCAGAUCACGCUGCUCAAAGCCGCCUGCCUGGACAUCCUGAUGCUGCGGAUCUGCACGCGCUACACCCCCGAGCAGGACACCAUGACCUUCUCGGACGGGCUGACGCUGAACCGCACGCAGAUGCACAACGCCGGCUUCGGGCCGCUCACAGACCUGGUGUUCGCCUUCGCGGGGCAGCUGCUGCCGCUGGAGAUGGACGAUGCUGAGACGGGGCUGCUCAGCGCCAUCUGCCUCAUCUGCGGGGACCGGCAGGACCUGGAGCAGCCCGACAAGGUGGACAAACUGCAGGAGCCGCUGCUGGAGGCGCUGCGGGUUUACGCGAGGCGGCGGCGGCCGUCGAAGCCGCACAUGUUCCCCAAGAUGCUGAUGAAGAUCACGGAUCUGCGCGGCAUCAGCACCAAGGGCGCAGAGCGUGUGAUCACACUGAAGAUGGAGAUCCCGGGCUCGAUGCCGCCGCUCAUCCAGGAGAUGCUGGAGAACCCCGAGAUGUUCGAGGAGGAAUCCCCCCCCCCGGACCCCUCCGCAGCCCCUGCUUCGCCCUAGGCCGGGGGAGGACCCCCCCCCUCGGCUGCCUUCCAGCCCCCCCCCCCAACUCCCGCAGCGCUCUGCUUAUGGGGGGGCUCCGCAGACUGAUGGAGCUGCCCGGAGCGGGGGAUGGUCCCCGCGAUGCCGCUGAUGCCUUAAGCUGGGCCCCCCCCCGUGUGCUCCCACCUCAGCUUCAUGCCAAAGUGCUUCGGGAGGGGGGGGCAGCGAUGGACAGAAAUCGCCCCCCGCAACUGAACGCCCGCUGGGGUCACCCCCUGCCCUUAUUUAUUCGAGAUGAGGUGGGGGGAGGGGGGGUGUAUCCCGCUCAGCCCCCCCCCAGUUUGGGGGUGUUCGGGGGAUGCAGGUUGGACUGCCCCCCUCCCCCCCCCCAGUCGCUGUACGAGGUGGGGCCGCAUUUUUAUUGCUGGGUGAUUUUAUAUAGAUAUAAAGUGGGGGGUCGUGGGGGGGGGCUCCUGGGUUCUGCUUUUCUAUGCUGGUGGGGUGGAGGGGGUGGCACAACUCCUCCCCGUCUCCCGUUCCUCCCACCACCCCCCUCCCCCUCGGGCACAGAACACUAUAGAGACCAAAGAGGGGGGAGCAUGCGAUGCUCCCCCCACUACCACUCCCCCAUUCGUGGGGGGGUUCCUAAGCCAUAGGAUAACGCAAUGCGGAGGGGGCCCUGUCGUCUGUCCCCCUGUCUUCCUUCCCAGGGCAACUUACAAUGGGGGGCGCCCCAGUUGCCCCCGGGACCAGAUUGCCCCCCCCCCCCCCUCCUAUCUGUUACCAACAGCCCCACUGGGUUUGGGUGGGUAGGUCUUUUUGCCUCCCCCCCCGCCCAGUGCUGGAGCAACCCCUCCCACCCCCCCAUUCCUGGGGCUCGGGGGCCAG